AUGAACACACCACCGAGGUUGAAGCUACAGUAUCAUCAAUCCAAUGAUUCGCGUGGGAUUGUGACAGAUGACGUACGUCUGAGUUCACGGAAUACCCCUGGUGUGUCAGCAGGUGAUGUGAUUGAAGUUUACCAUCCGGGCGAUGCACACCAUGCUUUGUUUCUCGUUUCCGCUCUCCGUGAGGAUAUCCAGUGGCGAGAUACUAUCAGCAUUGAACAGUCGCUCGCUAACAUUUUGAAGCUGCAGGCACAUAAAAACGUGUGCAUUCGGAUAGUCGAAAAGAAGGAAGGAAAUUGUCAUCACGAUGUUACUGUAGUAUUUUUCACCCGUGCAUACAUUGAUGACUUACCUUCGGUCUACCAUGGCCGGGCUAGUCGCGAUUCAGAAGGUCGAUUUUUUGAUGACUUCUACCGUGUAUUGAUUCAAAAUGAGCGCCUCAGUUGGGAUGAAUGGAAGCGAGUGCUGACGCAGUUGAAGCUGGAGUUCAAGAUGUUUCAACAAGAACUUACCGCCUACCUCCAAUCUCGCUAUCCAAUGCAUGAUGGAUGUAUCGCUUCAUCUGUUCAUGUAUCCUCGGCAUUUGAUGGGAAUUUCAUGGAGACUUUAAACAUGUCACUGAACCUUUAUGCUGGAUACAACGUGGAUCGCAAUUUCGACCGGACCGGCAAAUCGUCUAUUGUUAUCAGUCCCGGGAAUGGAAGCCAUCGAGUUAAUAGCACCUUACUGUUGAUAACCAAGCAACGCAUUAUGGAUCUCGGUGUUGGAGUUGAUCUUAUCUGUCUCGGGCAGCAGCCGUUGCAUGCGGUGCCGUUACUUGAACCUCAUGUUUCGGUUUGUACGAUAUUCGAGAUACCGAAGUAUAUUCUCACAAAGGAAACUGCCCACAAGGUUUGUGAAAGCUCUUCGAUAACCCACGACCGUUUUUGCCCUUCUUGGGGCUCUUCAGUUAAGCGCAGUCCCCGAGUUUCCGUCAACCUUAUGUUCUACUUGAAUCCAAAUUGGACAGAUUUCGACAAAUACACUCAUUCGAAUAUUAACUGGAUUUCCACGGUCACUCCGUGCGUCAGUAGUCCUUGUUGUGGACUUGAUUUUGCAGCAAACAUAGCUAGUGGACAACAGUCACCUGUGCAGUUUCAGUUAAGAUCAUGCUCUACCGCAGUCGCUCGCCGGAAACCCCCGGUGUAUAAAAUUAUUUAUCCGCAGUCGACCGUCAACCUGAUGCCUUCAUUAAAGCCACCCCCAUCCGAAAACGCACAUUUUUUAUCAGGGCGUUUCACUUCAUCUCCAGAGACUAACGAGUCUAGCAAGUGUCUUCAGUCUUGCGCUGAUCAGAACCUAUUCCCAUCAACAACUGAUCAUGUCCUUACCGCAAUAACCACAGCUUCAGCCGUUGCAAGAGCAGUUCAGAAUGCAAAUCGACGACCGUCUCGUUGCAGUGAAUCUGACUCCAGCUCAGUCGGUGAUUUUGACUGGGAGCGUGGCUUAGAGAGCUUGGCACCUGACUCCCGGUGUUCAGCACACAGGGGAAGCCUUUCGGUGGAGAAAUCGCUGAUCAAAUCAAGCACGCAGCCGAUGAUUGUCAAAGGCCAGAAUACUCGUCAUCUGUCGGUGGUCGCCUCACUACCUUCAGUGCGCGAACACCAGUCGGAAUUAAUAAGAUCGGGGCAGCUGGAUAGGGUCUGUUUUAUGCAGGCUGUGCACCGGAAUGUAGUCGAUUCAGAAGCGCGGAAGAAGAGCCUCAGCACUGAUGCUGAUGGCAGUGUCUCUGCUUCCAGUAGUGUCGACAGUUUGAUUACUCCUGGCAGUGCUGAAUUCCGUCCCCCUGGAACUACGCGCCAUACCCGGUUCUCCAAAACGUAUUCCUUGACUGUCCAGCGACCUAGUUCUUACGUAGGAUCUUCCUCGGACCAGGCUUCGAAAACACCAGCUCUUCCAGGUUUACAUACCCAGCUCACUCCAUCGGCUCCAUCUUAUCGACGAAAGUCAAGCAGUCGGCCAAUCCGAACCGGUCUUCGUUGGUCUAACACCUUUGGCAGUGGAGUCCGUGUUAGUUCUACCUUGUUUCCCGUCCCGGUGUCGAACAAUCCAUUUGAAGCUGCAGGGAAUCCAUUGAGUCCCACUGGAACUGCAGGAAAACGCCGCUGGGUUCUUGUUCGUCCACCCGACGAGUUCGGAAACCCCAUACCACCACACCACAUACAUCUUUCUGUACGAUCAUGGGACUUUCCAAAUCCGAGAGAAGCCAUCGAAAGCUGUUCACAGGUUUGGGCUACCUAUUUCAACUUCUUACGUGAGCGUUUGGGGCAUUCUGCACCGGGAGGUCCCCUACCUUCGAUGGACCACAUGGACUCUCGCACCAUAGCCGCUCGUUCUUCGGACCAUACUGGAAGGUCUUUGAAGUUGCGUUUAUCCCUGUGUUCCGGAAAUGAAAAAUCUGAAAUCCCAGUCUUCAAAGAACCUUACCACUUCAUCAUUCCGCGUUUGGCCGCGAAAUUCCUCGACGUUGUCUGCCGUUAUUCGGUCAGUCAAAAGGAGGAAACGUGGUUAAAGGGGCAAUCUUUACUUGAUGAAACUUCGUCUUUCGGUCCGAAUCAGUGGAAGUCACUCUUUAAUCCGAUUCAACAAUGUUCUGUUCAGAACGCUGAAUGUGCUGCACACAGGCCGCCUCAUGAUUCAGUUGGCACGAUAUUCGAGAUAUCGAAGUAUAUUUUCAUAAAGGAAACUACUCACAAGGUUGCUGAAAACUCUUUGACAGCCCACGACCGGUUUCGCCCUUCUUGGGGCUCAUCAGACCCUCCUCAUUGUUCCGGGGGUCUUUUGGGCCAGUCAUGUCAGGUGACUGGUGGUUCCGCCUUGAAAUGUCUCAUUGACACUGUUCGCAAUGCUCGCAAUUCUACCAGUCAUCCGCCACUCUUUCUCCCGUCCGAGGAUCGAGCUCAGUCACACACUCGUGGGGCUAUGUUGAAAAACGUGCUGAGACUCAUCGCGUCCUGUUGGCUUAUUUCAGGCACCGAUUGGAAAUCCCUGUCUACUCCGGCUUUGUUGCCCAUAGCGACAGACUAUUUUCCGGAUAACUCAAGUCUGAAGACUGAGGGCUAUACACUGCACGAUUAUCGAGUCGUCCCAGUGGGAGUGAGCGCUCAAGAAUGGGAAUCCACGCAUGAUUUCAAGCGCGAACCUGGACUGAGUUACUGCCGCCGACCUAUGACUGUUCGUGAAGUGUUCUAUGAGAUGGUACUUCAGCGUCUUGGUCAUCGCGAACCUGGACUGAGUUACUGCCGCCGACCUAUGACUGUUCGUGAAGUGUUCUAUGAGAUGGUACUUCAGCGUCUUGGUCAUGGAUUUCAGAUUUAUGAGGAAAGUCUGGCCCCUUCAGCUCCUCCGGUUUCAUCAACCGUGGGAUCACCCGGAUCCCCUUUGUCUGGUACUGUGACUGGAGUGAGUCCACCCAGUCUGUUGCGUUCGUCUGCAUCUAAACCAGCCACUACUCGAUGUGAACAAUUGUCCAAUCGGAGCAUAUCGGGAUCUAGCUCUUUAUCUCGGAAACAUGGAGUAUCGUUAGGUCAGGGACGUUUGGCUAACAGACACCGCAAUGCGCCCGAAGCACCUUCAAUAGGCGUAUCGCCGCCGACUACUCAACCUACGCAAACGUGCACCACAAUCGCAGUGCGAACUCUGGGCAUCGGACUCACCCUUUCUUCUACUGGGUCAUCUGUCCGAGCAUCAUCCAAACACUUGGCAAGACCUGGACGUGCUGGCUGCCGCACUCCCUUCUUAACGCAACCAUUGUUGGAUAAACUGAUGCCGGCACAUAAAACCAGUUUCAAACUGAGCAUCGGUCGCCUUUUUCAUUCCAUCUCAUUGGUGGACGACUCGAUAACCCUGACGAACUAUCGGUUCCGGCAAGAAGAUCCGUUGCGUAUGGAGUAUACUUAUGCAUUGCGCGUACCUGAUUCUCUAACCUAUUUACCUCUCCGAACUGUGUUCACGAAUGACACAGUCAAUGGACUGAACUGGAGCUAUCUGGAUAAUUAUCUGUGCACUCGUGGAGUUAGUGACUCAUACGUACUGUUGCCGUCGCUCAAAUAUUGGCGAAGUCGUUUUAUGAUGUUACCAAUCUAUUCGAACGAGACAAGACGAUUGCAAGAUGCCGUAAAGGAACGAAUGAACACAAACGGUCCCCCGGUGGCUUGUGAUGUGUACGAAGACUAUCGGCUUAUGAACCACGCCAAAUUUUGUGAGAAUUUUGUCCACUUCAUUGAAUCCAUCAAUCGAAUUCGUCGCCCUCCCAGCGCGGCACGCAAACCCGCUCGUCAGGUCGGUUUCUAACUGGGCUAUAUAUUGUUUUUGACAUUUUGCCCUUUUUUACGGUGUUACCUUUACAGCCUUUUAGAUCAAAACCUAUUGAGUAUCAG